UUCAGAUGGGCUAUGUGAACUUUACCCGCUCCUAGUCGAAUCUGCUGUUGUGUGACGUGAAACUGAAUUUACUCACUCAGCUCCUCCCCCACACCAGAGCCCCGCCCCAACGCGUCUUUUUUGAUAAUGUUUAGUGCUAACUGCUAACAACUGUAGUCUGCUGCUUUUUGUUGUCAUGUAGAGAAAAGCUACUUCGGGAAUUAUUAAAUAACACUGGAAUGCAUUGAUGUGUGGUAAAAGCUCUCCAGCAUGUCAGAUCUGGUCCUGUGGGCGUCAGUAUCACACAGCGAUCACAGUUCACACCUGCAGUGAAGCUCCUCCCACAACAAUUCACCAAUAAAUACUGGGAAUAUUCACAUCAUCCUAAAAGAGAAGGACAAACUCCAGGUGUAGCAGCUGAAAUCUGUGUGACUGUUAAAGAUGGAGUUUAUUAAAGAGGAGAUUGAAGACAUCAGUAUUUCAGAACCAUCAGGAAUAAAACAUGAAGAAACUGAGGAACAGAUAGACUGGAUGGAGAUGAAACUACAAAAACAUGAACUGAAUGAAGCAGAGGAGGAAAAGCAUAGCAUCGAAACGCAAAGAACAAAAGAUGAUAAGCCGCACACCUGCUCUCAGUGUGGAAAGAGUUUCAGUUGCAAAGGAAACCUUAAAACACACAUAAGAAUUCACUCUAGAGAAAAACCGUUUACAUGCACUCAGUGUGGAAAGACUUUUGCUUCUCAAUCAGGCCUCAAAGUUCAUCUACUCCGUCACUCUGGAGAAAAACCAUAUAACUGUGAUCAGUGUGGUAAAGAUUUUUUUUCGGCAUCAAAUCUAAAACAACACCUGAAAGUUCAUUCAGGUGAGAAGCCUUAUGCGUGUUCUUUCUGUGGAAAGAGUUUUUCAAGGAUGGAUGGUUUUAAACUGCACCAAAAAAUACAUAAUGAAGAGAAAGAGCAUGUGUGCUUUGAUUGUGGGAAGAGUUUUACUACAGCUAGGUUUCUGAAACAGCACCGAAGAAUUCAUACUGGAGAAAAACCUUACAAGUGCUCAUAUUGUGACAAGAGUUUCAUUCAGUCUCCACACCUGAAAUCACAUGAGCGAGUUCAUACUGGAGAGAAGCCGUACUACUGUACUCAGUGUGAGAAGAGUUUCAAAGAUUCAACAGGUUUAAGAAUUCAUCUGCUCUGUCAUUCUGGAGAAAAACCAUAUAACUGUGAUCAGUGUGGUAAAAAGUUUAAUUCAUCAUCAAAUCUAAAACGACACCAGAAAGUUCAUUCAGGUGAGAGGCCUUAUGUGUGUUCUCUCUGUGGAAAGAGUUUUUCAUGUCUGAAAAGUUUUAAACUGCACCAGAAAACACAUAAUGAAGUGAAAGAUCAUCUCCCAGUUUCACAGACUAAAAUGCAUGUUUGAGCUGUUUUAACUGAAAGCAUAUCUUAAAAUAUGUCAGUGCAGUAAUGUAUUUUCUAGGGUAUGUUCAUAAAAGCUACUUAAAUGCCCUAAUUGAACUAAGGCCUAAUCCUGGUUUAGUCUAAGCCCUGUCUGUGAAACCGGGCCCAUGUGUGUUUGUGACUGUGGGAAGAGCUUUAAUAGAGCUGACUGUCUGAAUCAGCACCGAAGAAUUCAUACGGGAGAAAAACCUUGCGAGUGUUCAUACUGGAGAGAAGCUGUACCACUCUACUCAGUGUAGGAAGAGUUUAAAUGUUUAUCAGGCCUCUAAACUCAUAUGAAAAAAUGUUGCAACUGAGGACUGCAAUGUUUGUGAAAUGUGAAAAAACAGCAUGAGUAGCUCUAGCUGCUGAUUACUGGUCACUGCAGUGAGCAUAAAAAGCAUUAUUUCAUAAUCAUUAUGUGCAUGUUUGUUGAAACCUGGAAGCCACAGAGAGAACACUUUUUUAUUAUUAUCAUUUAACAACCUACAAUAUAAUGCAAUAUUUAUAAUUAAAUGAUUGUCUCUAUAUUCAUUAAAAUUGUAGUUGGCGUAAUGUUUUUCAAAUACUAUAAGAAGUAUUCGAUUUUGAAUUCAGGGUUUGUUUCUAGUAUGCCCAGAAAGAACUUGAUAGGCUGGUUCAGGUGUGUUUAAUCUGGGUUGGAGCAGGGGGGUAUUCCAGAAAUCAAGGUUAACUUACUGUCACGUAUACCCUGAACUCUCGGUUGAUUAACCCAAACCUUGCUUACUCGAGGUAUGCUGGUUCCAAAAACACGUCUGGGAAUAAGUUCAGCCAACCCAGAGAAUGUUCCUGAUUAACACACAAGACAUUCUCAUCAGAGAGACGAAUCAAUGACACACCAUGGAAACAGAUGCUAAGAAAAAGCAUGUCAUUCUACUUCGUUCUUCUUCUUUUGUUUAAUGUUACAUAAUCUACUUAGUGCAUAUCUCCACCUAUUGGGUGGUUGUGCGCUAAUUUUUUUAAACUUUUUAUUUAAUGAGUCAUUUUUAUUCACUGAGAAUAACAAUUAUAUUGUUUGUUUGAUGCUAAUUAUUUAAUAAGAUUAUUAUAGAAGUUGUAGUAUAGAUAACGUCUAUUAUAUUGUAUAAUUUAAUAUUGCAUAUAUAACUGGAACUAUAUAACAAAUUUAGAUACAUUAAUAUAACUGUAUUAAUUAUAUAACAUGCAUCUGAAUACCUCUUAAGCAAACUAACCUUGCUCCGGAGCAGGUUAUGUUCAGAGAGCAAGUUGCUAUGGCUAUUUACAUACCCUGAAAGUUACCUCCGUUUUUGGAACUGAAAGUUGAGGUUAUCCGAUUACUUACUCUUAAACAUACCCAGAUAACCUGCUUUUCUGCAGGACUGUGGCUUUCCAGGAGCAGGAUUGGACCCAUGAACCAAUGAUCUAGGAUUAAUUUUGUGAGUUUGGUGAAAAGCUUGAAAAAGAAUUAGUCUGAAAAAGAUUAUGAUUGAUGAAAGUCCCUGUGUGAAGACCAGAAACUCCUUGGCAUUUUUGUGUCAAAUUCUAUAGGGAUUUAUAUACAAAAUUUGUCAAACAACAUGAUCAUGGUUUUUUCUUCUUUUUUCGUUUUUUUUCAAUCACUACCUUCAAUAAAUGAAACAGAAUUAAAGUAUGAAGCUAUUAAAUGUUUAAAAACAAAUAAAUCCCCUGGUUCUCAGAGCUCUGUCAAUUGUUUAGUAAAAACAGCUCCCUUCUUGUUAAAUAUUAAUAAGAACAGCACAGAUAAAUCCUUUCUUCCACCUACUUUAUGUCAAGGACCAAUUACUUUAAUAAAUGUAUUUUCUUAGCAAAUUUUAUAUCCACAAAUUCAUGUUCGCCAACAACAAACCAUUUUUUUAAAUAAUAAUUUAAAAAUGAUCUCAAAUCUAUUAUCUUCAGUAAAUAAAAAGCAAGUUAACAACUUAAAUUUGCAAUGCCUUAAAUAUGCAUAAUCUAACUUAUGUAUAAAUCAAUCUCUUACCCAUGUAUUCCCCUUUCCUUUUAUUUUGUUGACUAUGGGUACAUUGUUUAUAAAUGUUGUGUUUUAUAAAUAUGUAAACUGUAUUUUUGCAUCAUUAAAAAAGACAAUCUAACUGGCAUUUCCUUCAGUCUUCGCAGCACUGCAUAAAGUCCAGCACACCUGAAGUAUUAAAUGAAAGUGUUUCUUCACAAAAACGAUACCUCUAAAUAUGUUUUGGCUACACUAAUACUAUUUAAGACCCAUGCGCAGAAGUAAAUAGAGACAUUUCUAGUGACAAUUAUGUUUUUAGAUGGGCUAUGUGAACUUUACCCGCUCCUAGUCGAAUCUGCUGUUGUGUGACGUGAAACUGAAUUUACUCACUCAGCUCCUCCCCCACACCAGAGCCCCGCCCCGACGCGUCUUUUUUUGAUAAUGUUUAGUGCUAACUGCUAACAACUGUAGUCUGCUGCUUUUUGUUGUCAUGUUGAGAAAAGCUACUUAAGGAAUUUUUAAAUAACAUCUAGAUGCAUGUGUGGUCAAAGCUCUCCAGCAUGUCAGAUCUGGUCCUGUGGGCAUCAGUAUCACACAAUGAUCACAGUUCACACCUGCAGUGAAGCUCCUUCCACAACAAUUCACCAAUAAAUACUGUGAAUAUUCACCUCAUCCUACAAGAGAAGGACAAACUCCAGGUGUAGCAGCUGAAAUCUGUGUGACUGUUAAAGAUGGAGUUUAUUAAAGAAGAGAUUGAAGACAUGAGUAUUUCAGAACCAUCCAGAAUAAAACAUGAAAAUACUGAGGAACAAAUAGGUUGGUGUCCAUUCUUGAUUCUGUAUUGUUGACUGCUGAGAAACAUUAAAGGGGUGAUGAACUGAGAAAUCAAAAUUUCAUUGAGCUUUUGAUAUAGAAGAGGUCAUCAUACUAUAAGAAUAUCCUGUAAGUUUCAGAGCUGAGAACUUCCUUGUUAGUCCAAUGAAAGAUUUUACUGGCACCAGACCCAGCAAACGACAGGUUUUUCAAAGUGUGGCUCUAUGACUUCAAAAGGCAGCAAGCACCGCCUCCGCAGAAGAAGAUCAACGUAUACUUCAUCACUGCCUUUUUAGCUCCACCCACUGAUUUGCGCAUUACAUUAAUAGGUAAAUAGCAUAGGCCUACGUGGUGCUAAACCGGAUCGAGGUACCAAGCAAUAAACAUGCCGCUGAGGACUACAAAAUAUUGUGCAGUGCCUGGCUGUGGAAAAACACAGUCGCUGCAUAAGCUUCCGUUGGAUUCCAGUAUUAGGAAUGCGUGGUUGAACUUUAUUUUUAAUGAAGUUCCAGCUGACGUGGGUAAGACAUUGCGCGUUUGUUCGCUUCAUUUCGCCGCGGAUUGUUUUUUAAACAAGACACAGGUCGAGACUGGAUUUGCAGACCGAGUGAGAUUAAAAAAUGAUGCCGUGCCUUCUAUAUUGGAUCCGACAGGAAUGGUGCAGCACACUUAUUCACAGAAGGGUCCAACUAUGAAGGACGUAGCUUGUCAAACAGACACACAGAAUUUUACACCACAGGGCACACGGAUGGCUUUUAGUUCCUUGGGACCUAAAUUCAGAACACAAGGAACACAGACAGAGGAUGUCAUGUGAAAGUGUAGGUGCUCCAUUCACAACAUCUGGAGACACUUUCACAACUUUGACUUCAACACCUUUGAAGGAUUUUAGGCCAGCAAAAAAAGCUCGUCUAGAACUAGAGGAGAAGAAAAGUGUUUCCUUUGAAGUCUUUGAUAGUCAGGACACAACAUAUGAGCCAGCUGAGUCUGUCACCACUGUCACAGAGUCAUCACAACCUCUAUGUACGUCGAUAGAGCAGGAUACAAAAUACAUCGUAUUUGAAAAGUGCCUCCUGCAACUUUUUGAAACCUGCCCAGUGUGCACGACAUGCUGUGAUGUUCGGGCUCGAAGAAAAGGGUCUUUUGUUGCAAUUGAUCAAUUGUGCCCACAUUGUCAAUACUUUAGAAAAUGGCAAAGCCAACCUGUUGUUGGCAGCACACCUUUGGGCAACCUCCAGUUAUCUGCUGCCAUAUACUUCACUGGCGCAUCCUUCUUCAAAUUACAAAAGGUGUUCAACGCAAUGCAUGUCAAGAUGAUUACACACAGAACUUUUCAAAAGCAUUCCAGCAUGUAUCUGGAACCUGCAAUAAUCUAUACGUGGAAGAAAGAGCAAGAAGAAGUGUUGCGGCAGCUAAGCCAGGGGGACAAAGUGAUAGCAGGUGGUGAUAUGAGAGCGGACUCAUCAGGCCACUCAGCAAAGUAUGGUACCUAUACCUUAAUGGACCUUGAGAGCAACAUCAUAUUGGACAUACAGCUAGUGCAAAGCAAUGAGGUAGCAGGAAGUUUCCACAUGGAAAAGGAGGGACUAAAAAGAGGUCUUGAACAUCUGGAGGCACAUGGUGUGAAGCUUGAAUGCAUUGUUACAGAUCGCCACCCACAGAUCCAAACAUUUUUGAGGGAACUAAACAUACCACAGUUAUAUGACGUCUGGCAUCUGGAGAAAGGCUUGUCUAAGAAGUUGAUAAAAAUCAGCAAAGAUAAGGACUGUGAAGUAGUGAAAAAGUGGCAGAAGAGCAUAAAAAAUCAUGUCUACUGGACUGCAGCUACAUCAAAAACACCUGUGGAGCGAGUAGCAAAAUGGAAAUCCAUGGUAAACCAUAUUCAAACAUUCAUGUACAUGACAGCCCAUCAUACCCCCAGUGCGACCAUGAAAUCCGUGAAUCGACUGAUCGCAGCAAAUGGUUCCAACCAGGAACCAAAGCACUGUAUACUGUCGAAAAGAUUCUUACAAACAAGAGAAUGAUGAAAGAUAUCGAGAAACUCAGCCCUCACUUUCAAACUUCAUCUUGGGAAUCUUUUCACAGUGCCAUUUUACGCUUUGCACCAAAAAAUGUGGUUUAUCCUUACCUUGGAUUGUUGUGCAGACUUUAUUUGGCAGGUAUGCAUUUCAACGAGAACUCCAAUCGUCCUCAGGCUAAAACAUCGUCAGGAAAGCCAAUGUAUAGGCCUUUGUUUCCCAAAGCCAAAAAAGGAAUAUACUCCAUGAGGUUGUUAAAGUCACAGGCAACAUAUUGCUAUGUCAUCAAUCUGAUGACAUUCCUUUUUGAAAAGGUAAUCCCAGACCCUCUUCCCUACAUGGAGGAGAUCCACAAAAUCAAGGUCCUGAAACACUCUCCGCCCAGUAUGACAGACCCUCCAUGGAAGAAGCCAUCGCAAGGCAAGGGAGGUCUAAAUCCUACAUAGCUGCCUCCAGCGUCAGGAAACUCUCAGCGUAUGCACAGGACAACACAAGACGGGAUAACAACCCUGAUCUUCCUGCCCAAAUAGCCCCAGCACCAGCUCACAAAGCUCCUACUGGAUGGAGAUGAAACAGCAAAAACAUGAACUGAAUGAAGCAGAGGAGGAAAAGCAGAGCAUCGAAAUUCAAAGAACAAAAGAUGAUAAGCCGUACACCUCCUCUCAGUGUGGAAAGAGUCUCAGUCGCAAAGGAAACCUUAAAACACACAUAAGAAUUCACACUGGAGAAAAACCGUUUACAUGCACUCAGUGUGAGAAGAGUUUUGCUGGUCAAUCAAGCCUCAAAUUUCAUCUGCUCUGUCACUCUGGAGAAAACCAUAUAACUGUGAUCAGUGUGGUAAAGAUUUUAUUUUGGCAUCAAAUCUAAAACAACAUCUGAAAGUUCAUUCAGGUGAGAGGCCUUAUGUGUGUCCUCUCUGUGGAAAGAGUUUUUCAAGGAUGGAUGGUUUUAAACUGCACCAAAAAACAAGAGAUCAUGUGUGUUUGGAGCGUGGGAAGAGCUUUACAACAGCUAUGUUUCUGAAACAGCACCAAAUAAUUCAUACUGGAGAAAAACCUUACAAGUGCUCAUAUUGUGACAAGAGUUUCAAUCAGUCUGGACACCUGAAAUCACAUGAGCGAGUUCAUACUGGAGAGAAGCCGUACCACUGUACUCAGUGUGAGAAGAGUUUUAAAGAUUCAGCAUGUUUGAGAAUUCAUCUGCUCCAUCACUCUGGAGAAAAAGUAUAUAACUGUGAUCAGUGUGGUAAAAAGUUUAUUUCAUCAUCAAAUAUAAAUCAACACCUGAAAGUUCAUUCAGGUGAGAGGCCUUUUGUGUGUUCUUUCUGUGGAAAGAGUUUUUUUGUGGCUGAAAAGUUUUAAACUGCACCAAAAAACACGAUGAAGUGAAAGGUCAUCUCUCAGUUUCACAGACAAGGAUUAAGCUAAUCCCAGACUAAAAUGCACGUUUGAGCUCUUUUAACUGAAAGCAUAUCUUAAAAUAUGUCAGUGCCAUUGUUUUUUCCUCAAGAUGCACAGCAGUAAUGUUUUUUUCUAGGGCAGUGGUUCUCAAAUGGGGAAAGAAAGUGGAAACUGAGAAAAUGUCAUGAAUUCACAUCAUGCCAAGAAAACAUGAAAAAAGCCACAGGUGCAUCAGCAAAAGCACUGUAUGCUGUGUCUUUACUUUUGGUGAAAGCUAAAAAGCCAUUUAGCCCGGCCGAGGAACUGAUAAUUCCUGCUGCAGCUGUGCUCACUGAGACCAUGGUGGAUAAAAUAGCAGCAGACAAGAUCCAAGCAGUACUGCUGUGAAAUGACAAAGUUUCGCAAAGAAUUGACAAGAUGGGGACUGAUAUAGUUGAGCAAGUGGUGGAUAAACUGAUAUCAGUGGACGGGUGCAAUUGGUUGCUUUUGCGAGAUAUGUGGAUACCAGUGACAUUCGCGAACACACUUUUUUGCAAAACACUGGAGGGGAGAACAACUCUGGAAAGGAUAUUUUAAACACUGUUAGUUCGUUUUUCUCAGAACAUGAAAUCAGCUGGAAAUCCUAUACCAGUGUGUGCACUGACGCAGCAGCAUCAACGACCAGUCGUUUCAAAGGCCUCAUCGUGCACAUAUAACACAGAAGAAUCCCGACAUCCUGUGGACACACUGUGUUAUGCACAGAGAAGCCCUGGCAUCAAAGAAGAUGAGCCUUAAUUCCGAUUUGAAUGACGCUGUCAAGGCAAUAAAUUUCAUAAAGUCAUUCAGUAUUCUGACUGAUAAGUAAAGCUUUGCUGAACUUCUUGUAGCCUUCACCUUUCUGGUGUAAAGAAAUGAUUUUCUUUCUCAGGUCUUGUGACAUUUCUCUUCCAUGUAGUGCCAUUGCUG